AGGUUGAUUUGAAUGUACGGUGUCAUGACAAAAUAAUGAGACAGCUGUCAUCCUGAGCGAACAGUAAGCGGUUUAACAGGUAGUACCUGAAAUCAGUACAGCGCCUUUAAGUUCCAUCACAUCAGUCUCUGGGUACGACGUCUCUCCUGCUCUGAAGGAAAGCAUUUACAUUUCACUACCCUGAUGGCGGACAACAGUAACCAAAGCUUUAAGGCAGCUGACCUGGUUAUCCAACUGUCCCCCACUCCAAAGACCAAACUGGAUAUGUUGACCUUUGGGACCGUCUUCACUGACCACAUGCUGACCAUAGAGUGGAGUGCGACUGAGGGCUGGCAGGCUCCUCUCAUCAAGCCCUUUGGGAACCUGUCGCUCCACCCAGCCUGUUCGUCACUGCACUACGGCAUACAGCUGUUUGAAGGUUUGAAGGCGUACCGUGGGGUCGACAACCGACUGCGUCUCUUCAGACCGAUGCUCAACAUGAACCGCAUGUCCAACUCUGCCGAGAGAGCUUGUCUACCAGCCUUUGAUCAGUCAGAGUUGCUGGAGUGUAUCAGGCGGCUGGUAGAGAUUGACCAGGACUGGGUUCCUCACUCAGACUCGGCGGCUCUGUACAUCAGACCAACGUUUAUUAGCACUGAGCCCUCUCUGGGUGUGAAGAAGCCCAGCCACGCCUUGCUGUAUGUGAUUUUGUGUCAAGCGGGCCCUUACUUCAACAACAAGGCUCUGUCCUUGUGGGCUGACCCAAAGUACACACGGGCCUGGAAAGGAGGAACUGGAGACUGUAAGAUGGGAGGGAACUAUGGAUGUUCCUUGUAUGCCCAGUAUGAAGCAGUGGAUUAUGGGUGUGAGCAGGUGCUGUGGCUGUAUGGAGACGACCACCAGAUCACAGAGGCAGGGACCAUGAACAUCUUCCUGUACUGGAUCAAUGAAGAUGGAGAGGAAGAACUCGCAACUGUACCCCUGGAUGGUAUCAUCCUUCCAGGUGUAACCCGACAGAGCAUCCUGGAACUAACCAGGGAAUGGGGUGAGUUUAAGGUGACAGAGCGCUACCUGACCAUGAGGCAGCUGUGCACUGCUCUGAAGCAGCAGCGAGUCAAAGAGCUGUUUGGCUCUGGGACCGCCUGCAUGAUCUGCCCCAUAGGACGCAUUGUUUACCAGGGAGAGAACUUACACAUACCAGGUCAAGAUAAACACUCACAGUUGACUUCACGGAUAGCAAAAGAGCUCACAGACAUACAGUACGGACGCACAGCCAGCGACUGGACCUUCCUGGUGUAGCAGUGAUGAAGAAGGACACGAAACGCAACAAACAUACUGAAAGUGUACAUUAAUAAGUAAACAAUGUAUGUGCAAUAUUUGCAGUCCAACUGCAAUAUGAGAAUGUCAUUUAACUUUCCCUCCUUUUAAACUUAAAUUAAUGACAAACACACAACUGUCCAAAAUAAUUACCGAAAGUAGGUUAAUGUCUCAUGCAAUACUACACAAUAACUUACAGUAACCGGGCCUCCGUUUCUCUGCUGCUCCUUUUCCAACCCACAUCCAGGGUACAGCCGCUGCUUUGAGAAAACAUACAUGAGAUGCUACAGUGAGAUGUCAGAAACAUAUGUAUGAGUUACAGAGGAUUUUCUAUCUCUUGUCUAAGAGUUACAAAUCAGCUACACAGGAUUUUAAGUCUUUCACGGUCCUGGUAUUAAUUAAUAGUAUUUCUAGUUUCACUGAAUCUGUGUUGUAAACAGAAAAGGUUUAAACAUCUACAGCCCGGGCAUUGCAGCCUCCUUAUGUUGUGUGAUUGGUGUCUUGUCAGUUUUCUGUCAAAAGAUUAGAGAACAGUAUAAAGUCUCUCAAACAAAGUAGUAAAACAACAAAAGAUGUAAAUAAUGUGAGAUCAUGGGAAUUGUUGUCUUCAUUGUCUCCUUUGUGACUCCCACAGAAACAUUCACAGACGAGGUAAUGUUUUAUUCAUGUUACGUUUAGUCACAUUUGUCGACUUCCUUCCUCACUCUUUGAUUCUCUCCAGGAAGUUACAUCAACUGGCGACCAAAUAAA